AUGCCUACUUCCCUUUUAGACCUACCGAGCGAGGUUCUAGACCGAAUUGUUGAGCUCGUCUUGCGCUAUGGAAGCCCGGCCCCAGAAGACCCCCUGCCCCCAUUGCAAAACUAUGAGCCUAGGUCCCGUCAGGACGGGAGCUGUCUCUCAGCAGACUACGGCAUUUACAGCGUCAGAUACUGGAGGGACCAGGAGAAAUACCAUGAUGCUUGGCUAUCGAACCCGUUAUCUCUUCUGCUUGUUAAUCAUCGGAUUGGCGAAGUAACGAAGAGAAGACUAGAUAAUGCACUUACACCUUCUGUGUUCAAGCUCGAUGUGAUUCUGAGCGACGAGAGGGAACUACAUCCAACAUGGUGUUUUCUUUCAAAUCCCUGUCGCCAUGUCGGUGAUCUCAGUGUGACGUUUCAUGUGGUUGGUACCAGCUUCACGCCAAUUUGGCGCCGAUACCACCUUCUGCCCGACGGUGACUCCCCGCCUCGAAUCCUCUGGGCCUUCUACUAUCUGUUGGAACGCUUCCUGGAAGUAGGCCCCUUGGCGGAGCACAGAAUCCCCGAUGAUGCACCCCGUACGGACGAUCUGUUCUUUACGAUCAACCGGUUAACCUUAGACUUUGUCUCACCAGCUAGGGAGGAAAUGCUAGCACCUGCCAAUCUCAGCUUCUGGAGUUGGCUGAAUGGGGGCGCCGAUGAAGACAACGCAGAAUCGCAUAGAGCACCCUGUAGCGGGGUUUUCAACUUGCUCAUGCGACCAGAAUGGCUAGCCGACUUGAUCAGCGAAUAUGUUGGGUAUCUUCUCGGCAUGAGUAUCCCUAUGGCACCAUACGGAAAGCUGUUGUAUGAGUAUGUGGGAAGUAUCAGGAUCUGCGUUGACGGGAAAGUGAUGAAAGAGUAUCGGCUCGACUACAGGCUACAGGAUCUGAAUUAUGUAGGCCUCGAAGAAGACUACAAAAGGUAUUGGGAUUUCGGACGGUGGAAAGAGAAGGUUUAUCGUAUGCGUAAAGAGGCUGGACUUCCUGUUGUUAUUCUGUGA